GAAGUGUUAAGCAUAGACUUACCUCAGAAAAGCAUUUAGUAUUUUCACUUUUUGUUACGAAGCAGCGUAAUUUAUAUCUCAGAUACUCUCAAGAUGAAAUCGUUUGUCGCUGUUGCCGUUUGUGUGCUCUUCGCCGUUGCAGUUGGCGCUGAUGAUAUGCCAAUGCCAGCUAUGCUUGGUUCAGCUUAUGGCGGUGGUUCAGCUCCAUCAGGAGGCUCUUCCUACGGUGGCGGCUCAUCCUAUGGCGGUGGUUCUGCUCCAGCACAUUCGAACAGUGUAUCUAUACCUGCUCCACCAUGUGCUAAGAACUACAUUAUUAGCUGCCAGCCCAAUUUAGCUUCAGCUCCAUGCUCACCACAAUCAUCUCACUCACAUGGCGGCUAUGGCGGUUCAUCCGGUGGCUCAUCCGGUGGUUAUGGCGGUUCUUCCGGUGGCUCAUCCGGUGGUUAUGGUGGUUCAUCUGGUGGCUCAUCUGGUGGCUCAUCCGGUGGUUAUGGUUCAGCCGGUGCUUAUUCACAAAACUAUCCAGUUUAUGCUUUACCUAUGCAACAAUAUUAUGGACUUCAAGGAUACCGCGGCUACUAAAUGCAUUGCAUGCAACCAAUAGGAUUUAGGCAAAAACUUAUGACAAUUGUUUGUGAACUUUUAAUCAUAAUAAAAAUUUUUAUACAUGAA